AUGCCUACCGAAUUCAUAUCUGUUGCGUUCCCUAACGCUUCAACCGAAUUGGAGCCUAUCCCAGGUGCAGCCAUCGAUCCAGACUUCCUCAAGCGUUACUCCCAAAACCUUGACGACUAUGGAUUCAACUACACACUCCAACCCUAUGACUCCUCCUACUUUGACCCCUUCACCACGGGUGCUACCAUUGCCUCCUUCACCAAGAACCUCAAGGUGAUCAUCGCACUCCGCCCCAACACAGUCUACCCAACCGUAGCCGCAAAGUCUCUAGCAACCCUUGACCAGCUCUCCAAAGGGCGCGCGGUUGUGCACUUCAUCGCCGGUGGUAGCGACGUCGAGCAAGCCAGAGAAGGCGACUUCCUCUCCAAAGACGAGCGCUAUGCACGCCUCGAAGAGUAUAUCAAGAUCCUCAAGCGCGCAUGGGAGUCGCCCGAGCCGUUCGAUUGGGAGGGCAAGUACUACCAGUUCAAGCAGUUCAGCAACCGCGUCAGGCCCGUCAAUGGGAAGAGCAUUCCCAUUUCUGUAGGCGGGAGCAGCGACGAAGCGUACCGCGUUGGCGGCUCGCUGGCUGACAUCUUCGGGCUGUGGGGCGAGCCGCUGAAGGAGACGAAGCAGCAGAUUGACAGGAUCUACGCCGAGGCAGAGAAGGCCGGGCGCACGGAUAGACCGAGGAUCUGGGUUACGUUCAGGCCGAUUGUGGCGGAGACGGAGGAGCUGGCUUGGAACAAGGCGCAUCGCACGCUAGAUACGCUGCAGACGCACCGUGAGGCCGGUCUAGGCAAGGUCCCUGCCAAUGCACAAGCGCCGCAGAACGUCGGCAGCCAGAGGCUUCUGGACAUUGCGAAGAAGGGCGAGGUGCAGGAUAGGGCGCUGUGGUAUCCCACCGUCACGGCCACGAACGCGAGGGGCGCUUCGACGGCGCUGGUGGGCAGCUACCAGACCGUCAUCGAUUCCAUCUUGGACUACGUCGAUCUCGGCUGCGAACUCAUCUCCAUCCGCGGCUACGACAACCUCAACGACGCGAUCGACUACGGGAGGUACAUCCUGCCGGGCGUGAGGAAGGGAUUGGAGGAGAGAGAAGGCGCUCAGCAGAACGGCAACGGGAUUGUGGACAAGGUCGCCGAGGCGGUGGAGAGCGUCACUGUUCGCGAUGGCUAG